CAAAGCGAGGCGGUGUUCCGAGCGAUGGACACGAACAGCGACGGCGAGAUCAGCCUCGAGGAGUUUACAAAGGGGCUGAGCGAUGCCAUGGAGGGUGAAGAGGCGGCAAUGAGCGAGUCUCCCGCCCUGGCCGCCUUUAGGGAGCUGGACACUGACGGCAGUGGCUUUAUCGACCUGCAGGAGCUCAGGGUCGCCCUCGACGCAGCCGCCCGAGCCCGCCCAUCGGAGGAGGUGGUGGAGGCCAUCUUCAGGGAGAUAGACGCCAACGGUGACGGCGUCAUCUCGUUUGAGGAGUUCGCACGGGUGUACGCGAAGCUGGAGCUCUGA